GUGAGUGGUGCAGUGGUGAGAGCAACAGAGGUGAGUGGUGCAGUGGUGAGAGCAACAGAGGUGAGUGGUGCAGUGGUGAGAGCAACAGAGGUGAGUGGUGCAGUGGUGAGAGCAAUAGAGGUGAGUGGUGCAGUGGUGCGAGCAACAGAGGUGAGGGGUGCAGUGGUGAGAGCAACAGAGGUGAGUGGUGCAGUGGUGAGAGCAACAGAGGUGAGUGGUGCAGUGGUGCGAGCAACAGAGGUGAGUGGUGCAGUGGUGCGAGCAACAGAGGUGAGUGGUGCAGUGGUGAGAGCAAUGGAGGUGAGUGGUGCAGUGGUGAGAGCAACAGAGGUGAGUGGUGCAGUGGUGAGAGCAGCAGAGGUGAGUGGUGCAGUGGUGAGAGCAACAGAGGUGAGUGGUGCAGUGGUGAGACCAACAGAGGUGAGUGGUGCAGUGGUGAGACCAACAGAGGUGAGUGGUGCAGUGGUGAGAGCAACAGAGCUGAGUGGUGCAGUGGUGAGACCAACUGAGGUGAGUGGUGCAGUGGUGAGAGCAACAGAGGUGAGUGGUGCAGUGGUGAGAGCAACAGAGGUGAGUGGUGCAGUGGUGAGAGCAACAGAGGUGAGUGGUGCAGUGGUGAGAGCAGCAGAGGUGAGUGGUGCAGUGGUGAGAGCAACAGAGGUGAGUGGUGCAGUGGUGAGACCAACAGAGGUGAGUGGUGCAGUGGUGAGACCAACAGAGGUGAGUGGUGCAGUGGUGAGAGCAACAGAGCUGAGUGGUGCAGUGGUGAGACCAACUGAGGUGAGUGGUGCAGUGGUGAGAGCAACAGAGGUGAGUGGUGCAGUGGUGAGAGCAACAGAGGUGAGUGGUGCAGUGGUGAGAGCAACAGAGGUGAGUGGUGCAGUGGUGCGAGCAACAGAGGUGAGUGGUGCAGUGGUGAGAGCAAUGGAGGUGAGUGGUGCAGUGGUGAGAGCAAUGGAGGUGAGUGGUGCAGUGGUGAGAGCAACAGAGGUGAGUGGUGCAGUGGUGAGAGCAACAGAGGUGAGUGGUGCAGUGGUGAGAGCAACAGAGGUGAGUGGUGCAGUGGUGCGAGCAACAGAGGUGAGUGGUGCAGUGGUGAGAGCAACAGAGGUGAGUGGUGCAGUGGUGAGAGCAACAGAGGUGAGUGGUGCAGUGGUGAGAGCAACAGAGGUGAGUGGUGCAGUGGUGAGAGCAACAGAGGUGAGUGGUGCAGUGGUGAGAGCAAUAGAGGUGAGUGGUGCAGUGGUGAGAGCAACAGAGGUGAGUGGUGCAGUGGUGAGAGCAACAGAGGUGAGUGGUGCAGUGGUGAGAGCAACAGAGGUGAGUGGUGCAGUGGUGAGAGCAACAGAGGUGAGUGGUGCAGUGGUGAGAGCAAUGGAGGUGAGUGGUGCAGUGGUGAGAGCAACAGAGGUGAGUGGUGCAGUGGUGAGAGCAACAGAGGUGAGUGGUGCAGUGGUGAGAGCAACAGAGGUGAGUGGUGCAGUGGUGAGAGCAACAGAGGUGAGUGGUGCAGUGGUGAGAGCAACAGAGGUGAGUGGUGCAGUGGUGAGAGCAAUAGAGGUGAGUGGUGCAGUGGUGCGAGCAACAGAGGUGAGUGGUGCAGUGGUGAGAGCAACAGAGGUGAGUGGUGCAGUGGUGAGAGCAACAGAGGUGAGUGGUGCAGUGGUGCGAGCAACAGAGGUGAGUGGUGCAGUGGUGAGAGCAACAGAGGUGAGUGGUGCAGUGGUGAGAGCAGCAGAGGUGAGUGGUGCAGUGGUGAGAGCAACAGAGGUGAGUGGUGCAGUGGUGAGAGCAAUGGAGGUGAGUGGUGCAGUGGUGAGAGCAAUGGAGGUGAGUGGUGCAGUGGUGAGAGCAACAGAGGUGAGUGGUGCAGUGGUGAGACCAACUGAGGUGAGUGGUGCAGUGGUGAGAGCAACAGAGGUGAGUGGUGCAGUGGUGAGAGCAACAGAGGUGAGUGGUGCAGUGGUGAGAGCAACAGAGGUGAGUGGUGCAGUGGUGCGAGCAACAGAGGUGAGUGGUGCAGUGGUGAGAGCAACAGAGGUGAGUGGUGCAGUGGUGAGAGCAAUGGAGGUGAGUGGUGCAGUGGUGAGAGCAACAGAGGUGAGUGGUGCAGUGGUGAGAGCAACAGAGGUGAGUGGUGCAGUGGUGAGAGCAACAGAGGUGAGUGGUGCAGUGGUGAGAGCAACAGAGGUGAGUGGUGCAGUGGUGAGAGCAACAGAGGUGAGUGGUGCAGUGGUGAGAGCAACAGAGGUGAGUGGUGCAGUGGUGAGAGCAACAGAGGUGAGUGGUGCAGUGGUGAGAGCAACAGAGGUGAGUGGUGCAGUGGUGAGAGCAACAGAGGUGAGUGGUGCAGUGGUGAGAGCAACAGAGGUGAGUGGUGCAGUGGUGAGAGCAACAGAGGUGAGUGGUGCAGUGGUGAGAGCAACAGAGGUGAGUGGUGCAGUGGUGAGAGCAACAGAGGUGAGUGGUGCAGUGGUGAGAGCAAUGGAGGUGAGUGGUGCAGUGGUGAGAGCAACAGAGGUGAGUGGUGCAGUGGUGAGAGCAACAGAGGUGAGUGGUGCAGUGGUGAGAGCAACAGAGGUGAGUGGUGCAGUGGUGAGAGCAAUGGAGGUGAGUGGUGCAGUGGUGAGAACAAUGGAGGUGAGUGGUGCAGUGGUGAGACCAACAGAGGUGAGUGGUGCAGUGGUGAGAGCAACAGAGGUGAGUGGUGCAGUGGUGAGACCAACAGAGGUGAGUGGUGCAGUGGUGAGAGCAACAGAGGUGAGUGGUGCAGUGGUGAGAGCAACAGAGGUGAGUGGUGCAGUGGUGAGAGCAACAGAGGUGAGUGGUGCAGUGGUGAGAGCAAUGGAGGUGAGUGGUGCAGUGGUGAGAGCAACAGAGGUGAGUGGUGCAGUGGUGAGAGCAACAGAGGUGAGUGGUGCAGUGGUGAGAGCAACAGAGGUGAGUGGUGCAGUGGUGCGAGCAACAGAGGUGAGUGGUGCAGUGGUGAGAGCAACAGAGGUGAGUGGUGCAGUGGUGAGAGCAACAGAGGUGAGUUGUGCAGUGGUGAGAGCAAUGGAGGUGAGUGGUGCAGUGGUGAGACCAACAGAGGUGAGUGGUGCAGUGGUGAGAGCAACAGAGGUGAGUGGUGCAGUGGUGAGAGCAACAGAGGUGAGUGGUGCAGUGGUGAGAGCAACAGAGGUGAGUGGUGCAGUGGUGCGAGCAACAGAGGUGAGUGGUGCAGUGGUGAGAGCAACAGAGGUGAGUGGUGCAGUGGUGAGAGCAACAGAGGUGAGUGGUUCAGUGGUGAGAGCAACAGAGGUGAGUGGUGCAGUGGUGAGAGCAACAGAGGUGAGUGGUGCAGUGGUGAGAGCAAUGGAGGUGAGUGGUGCAGUGGUGAGAGCAACAGAGGUGAGUGGUGCAGUGGUGAGAGCAACAGAGGUGAGUGGUGCAGUGGUGAGAGCAACAGAGGUGAGUGGUGCAGUGGUGAGAGCAACAGAGGUGAGUGGUGCAGUGGUGCGAGCAACAGAGGUGAGUGGUGCAGUGGUGAGAGCAACAGAGGUGAGUGGUGCAGUGGUGAGAGCAACAGAGGUGAGUGGUGCAGAGGUGAGAGCAAUGGAGGUGAGUGGUGCAGUGGUGAGAGCAACAGAGGUGAGUGGUGCAGUGGUGAGAGCAACAGAGGUGAGUGGUGCAGUGGUGAGAGCAAUGGAGGUGAGUGGUGCAGUGGUGAGAGCAACAGAGGUGAGUGGUGCAGUGGUGAGAGCAAUGGAGGUGAGUGGUGCAGUGGUGAGAGCAACAGAGGUGAGUGGUGCAGUGGUGAGAGCAACAGAGGUGAGUGGUGCAGUGGUGAGAGCAACAGAGGUGAGUGGUGCAGUGGUGAGAGCAACAGAGGUGAGUGGUGCAGUGGUGAGAGCAAUAGAGGUGAGUGGUGCAGUGGUGAGAGCAACAGAGGUGAGUGGUGCAGUGGUGAGAGCAAUGGAGGUGAGUGGUGCAGUGGUGAGAGCAACAGAGGUGAGUGGUGCAGUGGUGAGAGCAACAGAGGUGAGUGGUGCAGUGGUGAGAGCAACAGAGGUGAGUGGUGCAGUGGUGAGAGCAACAGAGGUGAGUGGUGCAGUGGUGAGAGCAAUAGAUGUGAGUGGUGCAGUGGUGAGAGCAACAGAGGUGAGUGGUACAGUGGUGAGAGCAACAGAGGUGAGUGGUGCAGUGGUGAGAGCAACAGAGGUGAGUGGUGCAGUGGUGAGAGCAACAGAGGUGAGUGGUGCAGUGGUGAGAGCAACAGAGGUGAGUGGUGCAGUGGUGAGAGUAUCAGAGGUGAGUGGUGCAGUGGUGAGAGCAACAGAGGUGAGUGGUGCAGUGGUGAGAGCAACAGAGGUGAGUGGUGCAGUGGUGAGAGCAACAGAGGUGAGUGGUGCAGUGGUGAGAGCAACAGAGGUGAGUGGUGCAGUGGUGAGAGCAAUGGAGGUGAGUGGUGCAGUUGUGAGAGCAACAGAGGUGAGUGGUGCAGUGGUGAGAGCAACAGAGGUGAGUGGUGCAGUGGUGAGAGCAAUGGAGGUGAGUGGUGCAGUGGUGAGAGCAACAGAGGUGAGUGGUGCAGUGGUGAGAGCAACAGAGGUGAGUGGUGCAGUGGUGAGAGCAACAGAGGUGAGUGGUGCAGUGGUGAGAGCAACAGAGGUGAGUGGUGCAGUGGUGAGAGCAACAGAGGUGAGUGGUGCAGUGGUGAGAGCAAUAGAGGUGAGUGGUGCAGUGGUGCGAGCAACAGAGGUGAGUGGUGCAGUGGUGAGAGCAACAGAGGUGAGUGGUGCAGUGGUGAGAGCAACAGAGGUGAGUGGUGCAGUGGUGCGAGCAACAGAGGUGAGUGGUGCAGUGGUGAGAGCAACAGAGGUGAGUGGUGCAGUGGUGAGAGCAGCAGAGGUGAGUGGUGCAGUGGUGAGAGCAACAGAGGUGAGUGGUGCAGUGGUGAGAGCAAUGGAGGUGAGUGGUGCAGUGGUGAGACCAACAGAGGUGAGUGGUGCAGUGGUGAGAGCAACAGAGGUGAGUGGUGCAGUGGUGAGACCAACUGAGGUGAGUGGUGCAGUGGUGAGAGCAACAGAGGUGAGUGGUGCAGUGGUGAGAGCAACAGAGGUGAGUGGUGCAGUGGUGAGAGCAACAGAGGUGAGUGGGGCAGUGGUGCGAGCAACAGAGGUGAGUGGUGCAGUGGUGAGAGCAACAGAGGUGAGUGGUGCAGUGGUGAGAGCAAUGGAGGUGAGUGGUGCAGUGGUGAGAGCAACAGAGGUGAGUGGUGCAGUGGUGAGAGCAACAGAGGUGAGUGGUGCAGUGGUGAGAGCAACAGAGGUGAGUGGUGCAGUGGUGAGAGCAACAGAGGUGAGUGGUGCAGUGGUGAGAGCAACAGAGGUGAGUGGUGCAGUGGUGAGAGCAACAGAGGUGAGUGGUGCAGUGGUGAGAGCAACAGAGGUGAGUGGUGCAGUGGUGAGAGCAACAGAGGUGAGUGGUGCAGUGGUGAGAGCAACAGAGGUGAGUGGUGCAGUGGUGAGAGCAAUGGAGGUGAGUGGUGCAGUGGUGAGAGCAAUGGAGGUGAGUGGUGCAGUGGUGAGACCAACAGAGGUGAGUGGUGCAGUGGUGAGAGCAACAGAGGUGAGUGGUGCAGUGGUGAGAGCAACAGAGGUGAGUGGUGCAGUGGUGAGAGCAACAGAGGUGAGUGGUGCAGUGGUGAGAGCAACAGAGGUGAGUGGUGCAGUGGUGCGAGCAACAGAGGUGAGUGGUGCAGUGGUGAGAGCAACAGAGGUGAGUGGUGCAGUGGUGAGAGCAACAGAGGUGAGUGGUGCAGUGGUGAGAGCAAUGGAGGUGAGUGGUGCAGUGGUGAGAGCAACAGAGGUGAGUGGUGCAGUGGUGAGAGCAACAGAGGUGAGUGGUGCAGUGGUGAGAGCAACAGAGGUGAGUGGUGCAGUGGUGAGAGCAACAGAGGUGAGUGGUGCAGUGGUGAGAGCAACAGAGGUGAGUGGUGCAGUGGUGAGAGCAACAGAGGUGAGUGGUGCAGUGGUGAGAGCAACAGAGGUGAGUGGUGCAGUGGUGAGAGCAACAGAGGUGAGUGGUGCAGUGGUGAGAGCAACAGAGGUGAGUGGUGCAGUGGUGAGAGCAACAGAGGUGAGUGGUGCAGUGGUGAGAGCAAUGGAGGUGAGUGGUGCAGUGGUGAGAGCAAUGGAGGUGAGUGGUGCAGUGGUGAGACCAACAGAGGUGAGUGGUGCAGUGGUGAGAGCAACAGAGGUGAGUGGUGCAGUGGUGAGAGCAACAGAGGUGAGUGGUGCAGUGGUGAGAGCAACAGAGGUGAGUGGUGCAGUGGUGCGAGCAACAGAGGUGAGUGGUGCAGUGGUGAGAGCAACAGAGGUGAGUGGUGCAGUGGUGAGAGCAACAGAGGUGAGUUGUGCAGUGGUGAGAGCAAUGGAGGUGAGUGGUGCAGUGGUGAGACCAACAGAGGUGAGUGGUGCAGUGGUGAGAGCAACAGAGGUGAGUGGUGCAGUGGUGAGAGCAACAGAGGUGAGUGGUGCAGUGGUGAGAGCAACAGAGGUGAGUGGUGCAGUGGUGCGAGCAACAGAGGUGAGUGGUGCAGUGGUGAGAGCAACAGAGGUGAGUGGUGCAUUGGUGAGAGCAACAGAGGUGAGUGGUGCAGUGGUGAGAGCAACAGAGGUGAGUGGUGCAGUGGUGAGAGCAACAGAGGUGAGUGGUGCAGUGGUGAGAGCAACAGAGGUGAGUGGUGCAGUGGUGAGAGCAACAGAGGUGAGUGGUGCAGUGGUGAGAGCAACAGAGGUGAGUGGUGCAGUGGUGAGAGCAACAGAGGUGAGUGGUUCAGUGGUGAGAGCAACAGAGGUGAGUGGUGCAGUGGUGAGAGCAACAGAGGUGAGUGGUGCAGUGGUGAGAGCAAUGGAGGUGAGUGGUGCAGUGGUGAGAGCAACAGAGGUGAGUGGUGCAGUGGUGAGAGCAACAGAGGUGAGUGGUGCAGUGGUGAGAGCAACAGAGGUGAGUGGUGCAGUGGUGAGAGCAACAGAGGUGAGUGGUGCAGUGGUGCGAGCAACAGAGGUGAGUGGUGCAGUGGUGAGAGCAACAGAGGUGAGUGGUGCAGUGGUGAGAGCAACAGAGGUGAGUGGUGCAGAGGUGAGAGCAAUGGAGGUGAGUGGUGCAGUGGUGAGAGCAACAGAGGUGAGUGGUGCAGUGGUGAGAGCAACAGAGGUGAGUGGUGCAGUGGUGAGAGCAAUGGAGGUGAGUGGUGCAGUGGUGAGAGCAACAGAGGUGAGUGGUGCAGUGGUGAGAGCAAUGGAGGUGAGUGGUGCAGUGGUGAGAGCAACAGAGGUGAGUGGUGCAGUGGUGAGAGCAACAGAGGUGAGUGGUGCAGUGGUGAGAGCAACAGAGGUGAGUGGUGCAGUGGUGAGAGCAACAGAGGUGAGUGGUGCAGUGGUGAGAGCAAUAGAGGUGAGUGGUGCAGUGGUGAGAGCAACAGAGGUGAGUGGUGCAGUGGUGAGAGCAAUGGAGGUGAGUGGUGCAGUGGUGAGAGCAACAGAGGUGAGUGGUGCAGUGGUGAGAGCAACAGAGGUGAGUGGUGCAGUGGUGAGAGCAACAGAGGUGAGUGGUGCAGUGGUGAGAGCAACAGAGGUGAGUGGUGCAGUGGUGAGAGCAAUAGAUGUGAGUGGUGCAGUGGUGAGAGCAACAGAGGUGAGUGGUACAGUGGUGAGAGCAACAGAGGUGAGUGGUGCAGUGGUGAGAGCAACAGAGGUGAGUGGUGCAGUGGUGAGAGCAACAGAGGUGAGUGGUGCAGUGGUGAGAGCAACAGAGGUGAGUGGUGCAGUGGUGAGAGUAUCAGAGGUGAGUGGUGCAGUGGUGAGAGCAACAGAGGUGAGUGGUGCAGUGGUGAGAGCAACAGAGGUGAGUGGUGCAGUGGUGAGAGCAACAGAGGUGAGUGGUGCAGUGGUGAGAGCAACAGAGGUGAGUGGUGCAGUGGUGAGAGCAAUGGAGGUGAGUGGUGCAGUUGUGAGAGCAACAGAGGUGAGUGGUGCAGUGGUGAGAGCAACAGAGGUGAGUGGUGCAGUGGUGAGAGCAAUGGAGGUGAGUGGUGCAGUGGUGAGAGCAACAGAGGUGAGUGGUGCAGUGGUGAGAGCAACAGAGGUGAGUGGUGCAGUGGUGAGAGCAACAGAGGUGAGUGGUGCAGUGGUGAGAGCAACAGAGGUGAGUGGUGCAGUGGUGAGAGCAACAGAGGUGAGUGGUGCAGUGGUGAGAGCAAUAGAGGUGAGUGGUGCAGUGGUGCGAGCAACAGAGGUGAGUGGUGCAGUGGUGAGAGCAACAGAGGUGAGUGGUGCAGUGGUGAGAGCAACAGAGGUGAGUGGUGCAGUGGUGCGAGCAACAGAGGUGAGUGGUGCAGUGGUGAGAGCAACAGAGGUGAGUGGUGCAGUGGUGAGAGCAGCAGAGGUGAGUGGUGCAGUGGUGAGAGCAACAGAGGUGAGUGGUGCAGUGGUGAGAGCAAUGGAGGUGAGUGGUGCAGUGGUGAGACCAACAGAGGUGAGUGGUGCAGUGGUGAGAGCAACAGAGGUGAGUGGUGCAGUGGUGAGACCAACUGAGGUGAGUGGUGCAGUGGUGAGAGCAACAGAGGUGAGUGGUGCAGUGGUGAGAGCAACAGAGGUGAGUGGUGCAGUGGUGAGAGCAACAGAGGUGAGUGGGGCAGUGGUGCGAGCAACAGAGGUGAGUGGUGCAGUGGUGAGAGCAACAGAGGUGAGUGGUGCAGUGGUGAGAGCAAUGGAGGUGAGUGGUGCAGUGGUGAGAGCAACAGAGGUGAGUGGUGCAGUGGUGAGAGCAACAGAGGUGAGUGGUGCAGUGGUGAGAGCAACAGAGGUGAGUGGUGCAGUGGUGAGAGCAACAGAGGUGAGUGGUGCAGUGGUGAGAGCAACAGAGGUGAGUGGUGCAGUGGUGAGAGCAACAGAGGUGAGUGGUGCAGUGGUGAGAGCAACAGAGGUGAGUGGUGCAGUGGUGAGAGCAACAGAGGUGAGUGGUGCAGUGGUGAGAGCAACAGAGGUGAGUGGUGCAGUGGUGAGAGCAAUGGAGGUGAGUGGUGCAGUGGUGAGAGCAAUGGAGGUGAGUGGUGCAGUGGUGAGACCAACAGAGGUGAGUGGUGCAGUGGUGAGAGCAACAGAGGUGAGUGGUGCAGUGGUGAGAGCAACAGAGGUGAGUGGUGCAGUGGUGAGAGCAACAGAGGUGAGUGGUGCAGUGGUGAGAGCAACAGAGGUGAGUGGUGCAGUGGUGCGAGCAACAGAGGUGAGUGGUGCAGUGGUGAGAGCAACAGAGGUGAGUGGUGCAGUGGUGAGAGCAACAGAGGUGAGUGGUGCAGUGGUGAGAGCAAUGGAGGUGAGUGGUGCAGUGGUGAGAGCAACAGAGGUGAGUGGUGCAGUGGUGAGAGCAACAGAGGUGAGUGGUGCAGUGGUGAGAGCAACAGAGGUGAGUGGUGCAGUGGUGAGAGCAACAGAGGUGAGUGGUGCAGUGGUGAGAGCAACAGAGGUGAGUGGUGCAGUGGUGAGAGCAACAGAGGUGAGUGGUGCAGUGGUGAGAGCAACAGAGGUGAGUGGUGCAGUGGUGAGAGCAACAGAGGUGAGUGGUGCAGUGGUGAGAGCAACAGAGGUGAGUGGUGCAGUGGUGAGAGCAACAGAGGUGAGUGGUGCAGUGGUGAGAGCAACAGAGGUGAGUGGUGCAGUGGUGCGAGCAACAGAGGUGAGUGGUGCAGUGGUGCGAGCAACAGAGGUGAGUGGUGCAGUGGUGAGAGCAACAGAGGUGAGUGGUGCAGUGGUGAGAGCAACAGAGGUGAGUGGUGCAGUGGUGAGAGCAACAGAGGUGAGUGGUGCAGUGGUGAGAGCAACAGAGGUGAGUGGUGCAGUGGUGAGAGCAACAGAGGUGAGUGGUGCAGUGGUGAGAGCAACAGAGGUGAGUGGUGCAGUGGUGAGAGCAACAGAGGUGAGUGGUGCAGUGGUGCGAGCAACAGAGGUGAGUGGUGCAGUGGUGAGAGCAACAGAGGUGAGUGGUGCAGUGGUGAGAGCAACAGAGGUGAGUGGUGCAGUGGUGAGAGCAACAGAGGUGAGUGGUGCAGUGGUGAGAGCAACAGAGGUGAGUGGUGCAGUGGUGAGAGCAACAGAGGUGAGUGGUGCAGUGGUGAGAGCAACAGAGGUGAGUGGUGCAGUGGUGAGAGCAACAGAGGUGAGUGGUGCAGUGGUGAGAGCAACAGAGGUGAGUGGUGCAGUGGUGAGAGCAACAGAGGUGAGUGGUGCAGUGGUGAGAGCAACAGAGGUGAGUGGUGCAGUGGUGAGAGCAACAGAGGUGAGUGGUGCAGUGGUGAGAGCAACAGAGGUGAGUGGUGCAGUGGUGAGAGCAACAGAGGUGAGUGGUGCAGUGGUGAGAGCAACAGAGGUGAGUGGUGCAGUGGUGAGAGCAACAGAGGUGAGUGGUGCAGUGGUGAGAGCAACAGAGGUGAGUGGUGCAGUGGUGAGAGCAACAGAGGUGAGUGGUGCAGUGGUGAGAGCAACAGAGGUGAGUGGUGCAGUGGUGAGAGCAACAGAGGUGAGUGGUGCAGUGGUGAGAGCAACAGAGGUGAGUGGUGCAGUGGUGAGAGCAACAGAGGUGAGUGGUGCAGUGGUGAGAGCAACAGAGGUGAGUGGUGCAGUGGUGAGAGCAACAGAGGUGAGUGGUGCAGUGGUGAGAGCAACAGAGGUGAGUGGUGCAGUGGUGAGAGCAACAGAGGUGAGUGGUGCAGUGGUGAGAGCAACAGAGGUGAGUGGUGCAGUGGUGAGAGCAACAGAGGUGAGUGGUGCAGUGGUGAGAGCAACAGAGGUGAGUGGUGCAGUGGUGAGAGCAACAGAGGUGAGUGGUGCAGUGGUGAGAGCAACAGAGGUGAGUGGUGCAGUGGUGAGAGCAACAGAGGUGAGUGGUGCAGUGGUGAGAGCAACAGAGGUGAGUGGUGCAGUGGUGAGAGCAACAGAGGUGAGUGGUGCAGUGGUGAGAGCAACAGAGGUGAGUGGUGCAGUGGUGAGACCAACUGAGGUGAGUGGUGCAGUGGUGAGAGCAACAGAGGUGAGUGGUGCAGUGGUGAGAGCAACAGAGGUGAGUGGUGCAGUGGUGAGAGCAACAGAGGUGAGUGGUGCAGUGGUGAGAGCAACAGAGGUGAGUGGUGCAGUGGUGCGAGCAACAGAGGUGAGUGGUGCAGUGGUGAGAGCAACAGAGGUGAGUGGUGCAGUGGUGAGAGCAACAGAGGUGAGUGGUGCAGUGGUGAGAGCAACAGAGGUGAGUGGUGCAGUGGUGAGAGCAACAGAGGUGAGUGGUGCAGUGGUGAGAGCAACAGAGGUGAGUGGUGCAGUGGUGAGAGCAACAGAGGUGAGUGGUGCAGUGGUGAGAGCAACAGAGGUGAGUGGUGCAGUGGUGCGAGCAACAGAGGUGAGUGGUGCAGUGGUGAGAGCAACAGAGGUGAGCGGUGCAGUGGUGAGAGCAACAGAGGUGAGUGGUGCAGAGGUGAGAGCAAUGGAGGUGAGUGGUGCAGUGGUGAGAGCGACAGAGGUGAGUGGUGCAGUGGUGAGAGCAACAGAGGUGAGUGGUGCAGUGGUGAGAGCAACAGAGGUGAGUGGUGCAGUGGUGAGAGCAACAGAGGUGAGUGGUGCAGUGGUGAGAGCAACAGAGGUGAGUGGUGCAGUGGUGAGAGCAACAGAGGUGAGUGGUGCAGUGGUGAGAGCAACAGAGGUGAGUGGUGCAGUGGUGAGAGCAACAGAGGUGAGUGGUGCAGUGGUGAGAGCAACAGAGGUGAGUGGUGCAGUGGUGAGAGCAACAGAGGUGAGUGGUGCAGUGGUGAGAGCAACAGAGGUGAGUGGUGCAGUGGUGAGAGCAACAGAGGUGAGUGGUGCAGUUGUGAGAGCAACAGAGGUGAGUGGUGCAGUGGUGAGAGCAACAGAGGUGAGUGGUGCAGUGGUGAGAGCAACAGAGGUGAGUGGUGCAGUGGUGCGAGCAACAGAGGUGAGUGGUGCAGUGGUGAGAGCAACAGAGGUGAGUGGUGCAGUGGUGAGAGCAACAGAGGUGAGUGGUGCAGUGGUGAGAGCAACAGAGGUGAGUGGUGCAGUGGUGAGAGCAACAGAGGUGAGUGGUGCAGUGGUGAGAGCAACAGAGGUGAGUGGUGCAGUGGUGAGAGCAACAGAGGUGAGUGGUGCAGUGGUGAGAGCAACAGAGGUGAGUGGUGCAGUGGUGCGAGCAACAGAGGUGAGUGGUGCAGUGGUGAGAGCAACAGAGGUGAGUGGUGCAGUGGUGAGAGCAACAGAGGUGAGUGGUGCAGUGGUGAGAGCAACAGAGGUGAGUGGUGCAGUGGUGAGAGCAACAGAGGUGAGUGGUGCAGUGGUGAGAGCAACAGAGGUGAGUGGUGCAGUGGUGAGAGCAACAGAGGUGAGUGGUGCAGUGGUGAGAGCAACAGAGGUGAGUGGUGCAGUGGUGAGAGCAACAGAGGUGAGUGGUGCAGUGGUGAGAGCAACAGAGGUGAGUGGUGCAGUGGUGAGAGCAACAGAGGUGAGUGGUGCAGUGGUGAGAGCAACAGAGGUGAGUGGUGCAGUGGUGAGAGCAACAGAGGUGAGUGGUGCAGUGGUGAGAGCAACAGAGGUGAGUGGUGCAGUGGUGAGAGUAACAGAGGUGAGUGGUGCAGUGGUGAGAGCAACAGAGGUGAGUGGUGCAGUGGUGAGAGCAACAGAGGUGAGUGGUGCAGUGGUGAGAGCAACAGAGGUGAGUGGUGCAGUGGUGAGAGCAACAGAGGUGAGUGGUGCAGUGGUGAGAGCAACAGAGGUGAGUGGUGCAGUGGUGAGAGCAACAGAGGUGAGUGGUGCAGUGGUGAGAGCAAUAGAGGUGAGUGGUGCAGUGGUGAGAGCAACAGAGGUGAGUGGUGCAGUGGUGAGAGCAAUGGAGGUGAGUGGUGCAGUGGUGAGAGCAACAGAGGUGAGUGGUGCAGUGGUGAGAGCAACAGAGGUGAGUGGUGCAGUGGUGAGAGCAACAGAGGUGAGUGGUGCAGUGGUGAGAGCAACAGAGGUGAGUGGUGCAGUGGUGAGAGUAUCAGAGGUGAGUGGUGCAGUGGUGAGAGCAACAGAGGUGAGUGGUGCAGUGGUGAGAGCAACAGAGGUGAGUGGUGCAGUGGUGAGAGCAACAGAGGUGAGUGGUGCAGUGGUGAGAGCAACAGAGGUGAGUGGUGCAGUGGUGAGAGCAACAGAGGUGAGUGGUGCAGUGGUGAGAGCAACAGAGGUGAGUGGUGCAGUGGUGAGAGCAACAGAGGUGAGUGGUGCAGUGGUGCGAGCAACAGAGGUGAGUGGUGCAGUGGUGAGAGCAACAGAGGUGAGUGGUGCAGUGGUGAGAGCAACAGAGGUGAGUGGUGCAGAGGUGAGAGCAAUGGAGGUGAGUGGUGCAGUGGUGAGAGCGACAGAGGUGAGUGGUGCAGUGGUGAGAGCAACAGAGGUGAGUGGUGCAGUGGUGAGAGCAACAGAGGUGAGUGGUGCAGUGGUGAGAGCAACAGAGGUGAGUGGUGCAGUGGUGAGAGCAACAGAGGUGAGUGGUGCAGUGGUGAGAGCAACAGAGGUGAGUGGUGCAGUGGUGAGAGCAACAGAGGUGAGUGGUGCAGUGGUGAGAGCAACAGAGGUGAGUGGUGCAGUGGUGAGAGCAACAGAGGUGAGUGGUGCAGUGGUGCGAGCAACAGAGGUGAGUGGUGCAGUGGUGAGAGCAACAGAGGUGAGUGGUGCAGUUGUGAGAGCAACAGAGGUGAGUGGUGCAGUGGUGAGAGCAACAGAGGUGAGUGGUGCAGUGGUGAGAGCAACAGAGGUGAGUGGUGCAGUGGUGAGAGCAACAGAGGUGAGUGGUGCAGUGGUGAGAGGAACAGAGGUGAGUGGUGCAGUGGUGAGAGCAACAGAGGUGAGUGGUGCAGUGGUGAGAGCAACAGAGGUGAGUGGUGCAGUGGUGAGAGCAACAGAGGUGAGUGGUGCAGUGGUGAGAGCAACAGAGGUGAGUGGUGCAGUGGUGAGAGCAACAGAGGUGAGUGGUGCAGUGGUGAGAGCAACAGAGGUGAGUGGUGCAGUGGUGAGAGCAACAGAGGUGAGUGGUGCAGUGGUGAGAGCAACAGAGGUGAGUGGUGCAGAGGUGAGAGCAAUGGAGGUGAGUGGUGCAGUGGUGAGAGCAACAGAGGUGAGUGGUGCAGUGGUGAGAGCAACAGAGGUGAGUGGUGCAGUGGUGCGAGCAACAGAGGUGAGUGGUGCAGUGGUGAGAGCAACAGAGGUGAGUGGUGCAGUGGUGAGAGCAACAGAGGUGAGUGGUGCAGUGGUGCGAGCAACAGAGGUGAGUGGUGCAGUGGUGAGAGCAACAGAGGUGAGUGGUGCAGUGGUGAGAGCAACAGAGGUGAGUGGUGCAGAGGUGAGAGCAAUGGAGGUGAGUGGUGCAGUGGUGAGAGCAACAGAGGUGAGUGGUGCAGUGGUGAGAGCAACAGAGGUGAGUGGUGCAGUGGUGAGAGCAACAGAGGUGAGUGGUGCAGUGGUGAGAGCAACAGAGGUGAGCGGUGCAGUGGUGAGAGCAACAGAGGUGAGUGGUGCAGUGGUGAGAGCAACAGAGGUGAGUGGUGCAGUGGUGAGAGCAACAGAGGUGAGUGGUGCAGUGGUGAGAGCAACAGAGGUGAGUGGUGCAGUGGUGAGAGCAACAGAGGUGAGUGGUGCAGUGGUGCGAGCAACAGAGGUGAGUGGUGCAGUGGUGAGAGCAACAGAGGUGAGUGGUGCAGUGGUGAGAGCAACAGAGGUGAGUGGUGCAGUGGUGAGAGCAAUGGAGGUGAGUGGUGCAGUUGUGAGAGCAACAGAGGUGAGUGGUGCAGUGGUGAGAGCAACAGAGGUGAGUGGUGCAGUGGUGAGAGCAAUGGAGGUGAGUGGUGCAGUGGUGAGAGCAACAGAGGUGAGUGGUGCAGUGGUGAGAGCAACAGAGGUGAGUGGUGCAGUGGUGAGAGCAACAGAGGUGAGUGGUGCAGUGGUGAGAGCAACAGAGGUGAGUGGUGCAGUGGUGAGAGCAACAGAGGUGAGUGGUGCAGUGGUGCGAGCAACAGAGGUGAGUGGUGCAGUGGUGAGAGCAACAGAGGUGAGUGGUGCAGUGGUGAGAGCAACAGAGGUGAGUGGUGCAGUGGUGCGAGCAACAGAGGUGAGUGGUGCAGUGGUGAGAGCAACAGAGGUGAGUGGUGCAGUGGUGAGAGCGACAGAGGUGAGUGGUGCAGUGGUGAGAGCAACAGAGGUGAGUGGUGCAGUGGUGAGAGCAACAGAGGUGAGUGGUGCAGUGGUGAGAGCAACAGAGGUGAGUGGUGCAGUGGUGAGAGCAACAGAGGUGAGUGGUGCAGUGGUGAGAGCAACAGAGGUGAGUGGUGCAGUGGUGAGAGCAACAGAGGUGAGUGGUGCAGUGGUGAGAGCAACAGAGGUGAGUGGUGCAGUGGUGAGAGCAACAGAGGUGAGUGGUGCAGUGGUGCGAGCAACAGAGGUGAGUGGUGCAGUGGUGAGAGCAACAGAGGUGAGUGGUGCAGUUGUGAGAGCAACAGAGGUGAGUGGUGCAGUGGUGAGAGCAACAGAGGUGAGUGGUGCAGUGGUGAGAGCAACAGAGGUGAGUGGUGCAGUGGUGAGAGCAACAGAGGUGAGUGGUGCAGUGGUGAGAGCAACAGAGGUGAGUGGUGCAGUGGUGAGAGCAACAGAGGUGAGUGGUGUAGUGGUGAGAGCAACAGAGGUGAGUGGUGCAGUGGUGAGAGCAACAGAGGUGAGUGGUGCAGUGGUGAGAGCAACAGAGGUGAGUGGUGCAGUGGUGAGAGCAACAGAGGUGAGUGGUGCAGUGGUGAGAGCAACAGAGGUGAGUGGUGCAGUGGUGAGAGCAACAGAGGUGAGUGGUGCAGUGGUGAGAGCAAUAGGGGUGAUUGGCUCACAGGGUUCUCAACGUCUUUCCUUCCUUCCCUCCCUUCCUCCCCCACCACUCUCCCCCGACCACAUCAGGUUGAACGUGGCUCACUAUGUCGCCCAUCCCACAGCAGCCACAUCUGCUGCCUCCUCCUCCUCCCCCUGGGCUCUCGCCUUUGGCGCUGCCGGCUCCCCCUCCCCCAUCCCUGUCCUCCGCGCCCCUGCGUUGAAUGUUGCGCGCUAUAUCGCCCAUCCCACAGCCGCCACAUUUUCUACCCACGCCUCCUCCCCCUGGGCUCUCGCCUUCGGUGCUGCCGGCUCUGCCUCCUCCAUCCCUGUCCUCCGCGCCCCUGCCUGGGCCGGCCUCAAGCCCUCCAAGCACAGAGAGAGCGCGGAUUUAGGGUUUGGGAUGCGGAGUUUGAUGGAACCUGAGUGGGAUACUGUCAUGGGUUCUGUUGCUGCUGCUUUUGCUGCACAGGGGGGAGGGGGGGUUAUGGGGGAUGGGGGGGACGGGAAAGGGGGGAGGGGGGGGAAGGGGGCAAAGGGGGGGAGGCCGUCAGGGAUUGGUGCUUCGGCAGCCAAUCGGUAUUGGUCGCCCUGGAAUGCCGUUUCCGAACGGAGCAAGGAGGUUCGGAGGGUGCGGUUCGGCAAAGGGCAGGUGCGGGGAGGAGGGAGGGUGGAAGAGGAGGGAGAGGAGGAAGGGAGCGAGGAGGGGAAGCACAAAAGGGAUGUUCCUAGUGGUGCUGCUGAUGCCACUGCCCCUGCUGCUGCCAGUGCUCCUACCACCUCUUUGCCGUACAAAAUUGGGAGGUUUGCAUCGGAAACAGACCCAGGGGAUGAUGGGGAAGAAGGAGAUGAAACGGACAGUUUUCUCCCCUUAGAGCCUCCUGUUCCUCCUGUAUCGUCAACCUCUGGCAUUCGCAAACUCACAGCCGCUGCUGCUGUGAGAAAACAGCAGAGAGAAGAGGGGAGAGGGGUUGGUGAGGAGGGGGUGGGGGGUGUGGGGAGGAAGGAGGAGGAGGGGGAGGAAGAGGGGGAGACGUGGGAUGAGUACGUGUUUCGCCGGACGAGGGAGUUCAAUGAGGACACAAGGCGCCGCCCGCUGGACGAGCAGCUGUGGCUGCGGUUUGUCUCUUUCCAGGACGAGGCGGCGACGGGCGGCGGUGGCGGGCGGCACCGGGCGGCGGUGCUGCGGCAAGUGACGGAGAAAAAGGUGGCCGUGUUGGAGCGAGCGCUGCAGCACGUGGGAGACAGCGAGGCGGUGGUGUUGACGUACCUGCACACGUGCAGUGGGCGAGAGAAAAAGGUGGCCGUGUUGGAGCGAGCACUGCAGCACGUGGGAGACAGCGAGGCGGUGGUGUUGACAUACCUGCGCACGUGCAGUGGCCGAGAUGACGCCGCCACGCUAGACGCCAAGUGGCGCAGCGCCAUUGGCCACAGCCCUGGCAGUGCGAAUCUUUGGCGGGGCUACAUACGGUGGCAGAGGGGGCAGUUCGCAGGGUUCACAGUGGGGAGGAUCAGGGAAAGCUUCAUUGCAGCGAUACGUGCUCUGGUGGGACGCAGGAACCAAGCGUGGCGCGAGCUCCAGCAGAAGCCUAACGACCCAAUGAGAACCCGCCAGCUGGCGGCAUCAGAAAUCGCAGCAGUGGACAUGCUGGUGGACUCGUGCCGCUUCGAGCACCAAUCAGGGCACGCUGAGCUGGCAGUGGCGCUGCUGCAGGCCGAGACGGAGUACGCCGUCCGGCCGCCGCCCCUGCCCUUGUCCUUUUCUGAGGAGGGAGAGGAGGAGGAGGAGGAUGAGGAGGAAGAGGAAGAAGAGGAGGAGGAGGAGGAUGAGGGUUUGCUAGAGGCAGAGCUGAUGGAACGACUCAAAGCGGGGAAGGACGGGGCAGGUGGUGGUGGUGGCGCUGGUGGCGGUGCUGCUGACGUGGCAGGCGAGGAUUGGGUGAAGGACCCGGGCGUGUGGCAGCGGUGGGCGGCAGAGGAGAGGAGGAGGGAGAGCAGGCAAUGGCAGCCAAUGCGAGCAGAGAAGGGCAAAAGGGAUGAAGAAGAGAACGAAGGUGGGGAGGACGAGGAAGAGGAGGAGUUGGAGAGGGUGGUGGAGUAUGAGGAUGUGAGGAGCCGACUCUUCUCUUUGCACUCCGAAGCAGCAAAGCAACACCUGCUGCUCACUGCUGCAGCCUUCUUUGAUGCUCCCCUGCCUGCUUGGCGCAGCAGCAACGACAGCAGUUUCCUAGAAGCUUCAGAAUCUCUGGUCAGCAUUCCACGCUCCAUCACAGCCCCCUUUCAGAUUCCAACCUCUCAUCAUGCCCCAAAGGGUGGUGCCAGUGGUGGUGGGGGCGUCGAUGCUACUGCCCCAACUGCUGCUUCUUUGGGAGGAGCAGGAGAAACGGAAGCAGCAGCGGCAGGGGCAGCAGAAGGGGGAGUAGCAGGGGAGGAGGAGGAGGAGCAAGGGAACUUGGCCCACGGUGCUGCUGUGCUAGACUCUCUUGCUGGUGGCCCUAUGUGGCUCGACGCAUGGGGGGAUGAAGGAGAGAGGGAAGGGAGAUGGGGAGGAGAGGGGGAGGAGGGGGGUGGUGGGGGAGGAGAUGGGGAUGGGGAGGGGGAAGGGGGGGAGGGAGAGGAUGGGGGGGGGGAGAGGGUGCGGUUUGUGCGCAACUUCCUGGAACUUGCGUGCCAGUGGAUCCCCGACGAUAAGCACCUGCAGGAGGCCCUGGUGGUGACGUCAGCUGCAGCUGUAGCUGCUACAGCUGCUGCUGCUACAGUGCGUUCUGCACACGUACCACAGCAUGUGAGGGGAUCUGCUGACGGCGCUGCUACAGCCGUGGAUGGAGCAGCAGCAGGGAAGAGGAGAGGGGGCACAGCCGCUGCCAUAGUAGCUGUGCUGGAGAGAACAAGGGGCAGGGAAUUCGGUGCCUCACACUCUGCUACAGCUGCUGCUUCUGCUGUAGAUUGUCAGCCAGCAGUAUCGGAACCGCACCUGCUCCUGGGCCAUCCUGAUUGGCCGAUGGCUAGCUCCUGCUUCAGCCAAUCAACAGCGGCAGCAGCAGGACCAGCAGCAGGAGAUGAGUCAGCAGCAACAGCCAAGGCGGUGAGAGCAGCUAAGGCGGAGGUGAAGAGGCUGUUAAAGACGCGGCGGCAGGACCUGGGUCUGUGGGCUGUGUAUGCCCGGCUGGAGGCAGAGUGUGGCAACCUGGACGCUUCCAGGAAGGUUCUCGACACGGCACUGGCUUCUGUUGCUGCUCUCCCAAAGUCCGCAGCUGAAGCCACGCCUCUCCUUGUGCUCGCAUACACCCACAUACAGCUAUCCCCAACCAGUCACUCUACCAACCAACACCGGAAUCACCAGCAGCAGCAACGGCGGCCGCAGAGCAGUAAGGGUCAUAUGCAGUGGACUACCAACCAGCACUGGUGUUCCCUCCACACUCUUGCCUCUUUCGCGGCAUCUGCCCCUUUUUCUGCCCCACCGCCACUCCCUCCGCAACUCGACCCGUCUGGGUUGGAAGAAAGCUGGCGGACUACAACCCCCUCCUCCUGGGCAGUUUGUAAAUAUUUCCCUCAAGCUGCCCUGAUACGCGCUCGGGCAGGGUUCCACUUGAAGCUGCAAGAAGCAAAGAAAUUCAUUGCAGCUUCAGCUGCUGCCGCCGCCGCUGCUGCUUCAGCUUCUCUCCCCACAUUUUCCACCAACCCCUCUGCUGUUAAACUUGGUGCUAGUACCAACCCAACACCUUUCACGUCUGCUGUUGGCGAUGGGAGGCUGGCACAAGCGGAGGAGAGCAGCAGGGCAACAGCAGCAGUGGCAGUGGUGCUGUGUGCGUGUCUCUUUGAGCUCUUGGCAGCGCCGUCUCUCCCUGAAGGGGUUGCAGCCGCUGCUGCGGUGGUGGAUGGGUGCAUUGCUGCGGUGCUGCCUGGCCGCCGUGCCUGCUGUCUCCCUCUGGAGCUGCUCUUUGAAAGAUAUGCCUCGCUGCUGCUGCACGCCCUGCCAGCCAUCCCGCCACAGCAGGUGCGGAGAGUGGUGCUGCAGGGUUUGAAGGAGUUCCCCAGCAACGUGCACCUUCUUGGAACCUUCCUGCGGCUGGAGUCCCGCAGUGCGUUCACCAACAGCAUCCGGCGUUUCUUCGACCAAACCACCGCCAGUCUCCUGGUUAUGUACCUCAAAACAUCUAACCCACCUCCCUCUCUCCCCAACCAUCCUCUUCCUUCCCUCCCAGCCUGUCCCAAUCCUCCUCACCGCUCCUCUGACUGCUCAAUUUCCUGGUUGACUUUUGAGCUGCCUCAAAACAUAUCUUCUACCUACCACUAUCUCCCUCCCCUGCAGACUACCCCACCCCUCACCACUCCUCUGGCUGCUCAGUCUCCUGGUUGA